GGCUGCCAAUAGGAGCCGGACGGCCCCGGCCCCGGUCGGACCUGGGCGCGGGGUCGGGGUCGCGACCACGAUCCGGGAUCAGGACCGGGAUCGGGAUCGGGACCUGUCCCGGCCGCAGCAUGGGCGGGUGGCAGGACAUGGCAGCGGAGGAGCUGGAGCAGCAGUACUCCCCCAGCCGCUGGUCUCCCCGCCUGGGCCCCGACGAAGUGAUACAGGCACACCUCACGGCGACGGCGGCAGGAACCCAGCGGGCCCGGGCUGGGGUGCAGACCUUGCUGCACGUACCUUACGGCGACGGGGAUGGCGAGAAGCUGGACAUCUACCUCCCCACGGACCCGUCUGGAACCUUCCCUGUCCUGGUCUAUAUUCAUGGUGGAUACUGGCAGUGCCUGAGUAAAGACGAGUCAGGGUUUGCAGCCCCCUCGCUGGUGUCACAGGGAGUGGGGCUGGUAGCUGUGGGCUAUGACAUCGCUCCCAAAGGACACAUGGACGCCAUGGUGCUGCAGGUGCGGCGCAGCAUUGCCUUCCUGGUGGAGCACUACAAUAGGAUCAGAGGCAUUUACCUGUGUGGACACUCAGCGGGGGCUCACUUGGCAGCCAUGGUGUUGUCCACGGACUGGACGGAAUAUGGUGUGGUGCCAGAUAUCAAAGGAGCUGUGUUGGUGAGCGGCGUGUACGACCUUGAGCCCAUCCUGCACACCUACGUGAAUGAUGCACUUCACAUGAGCCGGGAGGUGGCCCAGCGGAACAGCCCCCAGCUGCACAUUGCCCUGGCAGCACCUGCGGCCGCAGCCUGCAAGGUGCUGGUGGCCGUGGCCCAGCAUGACUCCCCGGAAUUCCGCCGGCAGUCGCAGGAAUACGUUCUGGCCCUGCGUGCAGCCGGCUGGUCUGUCUCCAUGCUGGAUCUUGCUGGUGUGGAUCACUUUGACAUUGUUGAGAAGCUGUCUGAGGAGAGCUACAUCCUCACUCAGGUGAUUCUGAACAUGAUUUUGAGAACCUGACGGCAUAGC